AACAUGAAAGGAUCCUCUCUGGCUGCAGUGCAACCUCUCGACACAGGGGGCAGAAUUUCCCAUAAGACCGGUGUUCCAGUCAGAACUCUGGCAAAGCGGACCAGACUCUGGUACCGGUUAUACAGGGAACCCAAAGACACAAAGAUACCUCAUACUCCCGAAGCGCCCCCCGCAGGGCUCCCCGAGGGACACGGUCCAAGUCCACAAAGCGCAUGUUGACCAGUUGGGCAAACUCCCAGAAUCCUCCAGGAGCCUGGAUUAAAAUAUGUCAUUAAUAAUCAGUAAUAGUAAGAAUAAUAAAUUCUUACUAUUAUUAAUAAUGCUAUUAUCAUUAAUAAUAAUGACAAUAAUAUUGAUCAUUAUUAUUGUUGACAAGACAUGCAGUGGCAGAACUGGGCCAACUGGUCUCUUCCCCUGCAGCUCCACUCUGACCUGGACAGAGGAGACGGUCAGGUGACGUACCACCUCAGUGGCGACGGAGCGAUGUCCAUCUUCACCAUUGACGAACGGACCGGAGACAUCCACGCCACCCGCAGGCUGGACCGGGAACUGCAGGCGUCCUACGUCCUGCGGGCCCAGGUCCGGGACCGGAUCAGCCAACUGCUGCUGGAGCCCGAGUCCCAUUUCACCGUCCGAGUCCAGGACAUCAAUGACAACGCUCCCAGGUUUCUGGACGGCCCCUACGCCGCCAGGGUUCCUGAGCGGGCCCCGGCAGGAACAUCUGUGGUGACGGUGACGGCGACCGACGCCGACGACCCAACCUACGGAACCGCGGCCCAGAUCGUCUACAGCCUCCUGCAGGGCGGGCCGUACUUCACUGUAGACCCAAACACAGGUGUGGUGCGGACCGCGCUCCCGGACUUGGACCGGGAGACUCGGGACCGGUACCAGCUGGUGGUCCAGGCCCGGGACUUGUUGGGUCGGAGGGGGGCUCUGUCCGGAACCACGGCGGUUACCGUGACGCUGACAGACGUCAACGACAACCCACCGCGCUUCCCCCGCAGGAACUACCGGUUCAGCAUUCCGGAGUCGGUACCAGCACCAGCCGUGGUGGCCCGGAUAAAAGCCGUGGACCCGGACUUGGGUCAGAACGCCGAAGUGGAGUACCGGGUUCUGGAUGGAGAUGGACCGGGAACCUUCCGGGUUCUUACGGAUCCAAACACACAGGAGGGUUUGCUGAUGCUGCUCAAGGUACUGGUUCUGGACCCUGGUUCUAGUUCUGACCCGGUCCUGGCUCUGACCUGGUUUGUCCCCCAGGGCCUGGACUUUGAGGUCCAGUCCAGCUACUUGCUGCGGGUCGAGGCGUCCAACCGGCAGACGGACGCCCGCUUCCUGCUGGCCGGUCCGUUCAACGACGAGGUUCUGGUCCAGCUGCAGGUGGAGGACGAGGACGAGUCCCCUGUCUUCUCCGAGUCCGUCCAUCACCUGUCCGUGUCAGAGGACGCUCCGGUCGGAACCAGUGUGGGCGCCGUGUCGGCCCACGACCCGGACCGGUCCAACAGUCCCAUUAGGUACUCCAUAGACAGGAAGUCGGACAUCGGAGGAUUCUUUGACAUCGACAGCAGUUCCGGUACCAUCAGAACCAGCAGGUUUCUGGACCGUGAAGUCAGAGUUCAGCACAACAUCACGAUCAUCGCCAUGGAGACGUCGGACCCGUCUCAGGCCGGCUCGGCUCUGGUUCUGGUCUCUGUGACGGACGUUAACGACAAUCCGCCGAGUUUCGGUGCCGAGUCCCGGACGUUGAUCUGCGAGGACGUCCGGCCCGGCCAGGUCGUCGGGAUUCUGAGCGCCAUGGAUCCGGACGACCCCGAGGACGGACAUCAUUUCCUGUUCUCACUGCCUGCAGGAAGUGAUGCAAACCUCAGCUUCAGCCUGACUGACAACGGUGACAACACCGCCUCAGUUCUGGCGCUGCAGCCCGGCCUGCGGCUGCGGGACCAACCCGUCCACCUGGUUGCCGUGGUGAUCGCGGACAGCGGCCGUCCGUCCCUCAGUAGCACCAACACGCUGACCGUCUCCGUCUGUCGCUGUGAUCGCUAUGGAAACCAGCGCCACUGCAGCCGGGACGAGCCGCACCAUGUUGCUGUGGCAACCGCCGCGGUCCUGACCGGGCUGCUCACAUUCCUGGGAGUUGCCAUGGUAACGGCUGCAGUCAGGUCCAGGCGACAGGAGGAGGUGGAGGAUGAAGAGCGUGACGCCCAGGAGAACUUCGCCUGUUACGAUGACGAAGGUGGCGGCGAGGAAGACACCAAGGCCUUCAACAUGGCCGCCCUCAGACACCUGGACCGGCCCGACCCGACCGGCGGUUCCGCUGACCUGGAGGCCCGAAAGCCCCAGCUGCUGAAGCCAAACCUGGACCACACGGCGCCCCCUGCUGACUUUCUGCCGAUGUCCUGGAAUGGUCGCGGCUCGGCGGCGUGCUCGAUCUGCUCCAUCAGCUCCAUCAGCUCGCCGGGCCCAGCAGAACCCGACCAGAACUUCUCCUUCCUCAUGACGUGGGCCUCGAGGUUCUGGAAGCUGGCCGACCUCUACGAACCCAGAGGGGUGGAGCCUGAAGAAGACAGCUGAUUGGAUGGAAGGCGAACUCAGAACCUCACUAGACCCAUCAGGCAGAACCAACUUGACUGGAACCACCAGUACCUGACCAUGAUGUCACCAUGAUGUCACCGUGAUGUCACCGUGACGGCUCCAUUGUUGCCAUGAUGUCGCCAUGACGACUCCUUUUUCCCUGCAGUCUGUGCUAAGUUAAUUGGAGAUGUGUGAUGUCACGUUGUGUCCUGCUGUUCUUUAAAUUGUUUACGGCUUUGCUAGUUAGCAAGGCUAUAAAUGUUCAGAACUGUUUCACUCUGUCCCCAUUCAAAUAAACAAAAAGUCCAGUGUCUCCAAG